CGUCCGUCAGUGUACGUGAGACGCGCACACGUCCAGGGCCUAUUUACUGCAUGCGUUCAGGCGCGCGUGUUCAUUUAAAACGCACGUGAACUUCUCAGGCGUCAAACACGCAAACUCGUUUUGUGCUCCUGAGAUUUAAUGUCUGAUUAAAGAAAUAAAUCUGAUCUGAUAUUAUUAAGGUCUUCAGAAUUAAAAAAGAUCAAGGCUUCCCUUGGACCAAGAUCAAGGCUCUCCCUCUGUCAUGGAGUUUGGCGUGACCCCGAGGCGGCACAACCCUGUGGACAGCAUCUGCCGCAAACUGCAGACAAUCCAGCGGCGUGACCGUGAGCCUAACUCUCCUUUUCAGAUCCCAAAACUGCAAUCGAGCAGCUACGAAAGCCCACAUACGAGCCUGCGACGCAACCUGGACAGCAUCCUGAAGAAGCGCAAAGGUGAUGCAGAGCAGAACAGCUCGCCGCUCAUGCUCACUCCCGGUGCCACACGCGCCUCAGGAAGAACCCCUGUGACACCCAUCAGUCCCGUUAAUGCCACCUACACCAUCACAGGCACGCUGGCGGAGAAGAGCAGUGCAGCACUUGGGAACAGUCGAGCCUGGCAGCUUAGCAGCUCCACACCUGCUAUCCAGGAUGGUGAUGCUCGCUUCAGCUUCACCCCGAACAACCAGGAAAGGAGCAGAGCACCAGCACAUGGCCUGCUCUCCUACAACCUUAAUUUUUGCUCCUCAGAUGCCUCCACCAUAUUAGACUGUGAGCUGCCAUAUCCAGCCCUGGUGGUCAAGAGACUCUCAAUGGGAGAUGGGGCUUCAUUGCCGUCUGAAUCCAAGAAAGAGAGUUUGGCUGAUAUCAGUCUGAUUUGUGAAGAGGACCUGCUUGAUACUAUUUUUCAGGCCUGUGAUACCAAGUGUAGAGGUAAAGUGUAUGUGUCUCAAAUCGUGGACUACCUGAGACACACGACGAGUCGUAGCUCUGAGGACAGUGGGCUGGAGGAGCUGUGUAACAUGCUGGACCCCGAACAUAAGGACAUUUCCAUCGACCUGGACACUUACCAUGCUGUAAUGAAGGAGUGGAUUGAAGACUGUCGCAAUCAGGUAAAGGACAGUAAAGAAGACGUAACUCAGGAAUUGGUCAAAUUGCCAGAUAAUUUUGCAGCUAAGAGAUCAUUUCUGCUGAAUAUGACUUCAGGAAGUCUGGAGGCUUUUGGAGGAGAAGCGUCUAGAAUUGAGCUAGAGACGUCUGAUCUGGUGUUCUGCGUGGCUGACUUGCAGUUUAAUAACCAGAAACUUCAGGAGGAGGUUCGGAAGCUGAAGCAGGCGGCGGAGGUGAUGGAGGAGACCAACCAGAAACUCAUCGAAGAGAACGAGGAGCUCAAGACUCAGGCUAAAACGGGACAGCAGCUGCUACAGAAGGAGCGCAUGCUGAAGGACGAAGUGGAGGAGAUGAAGCUGACUUUAAGCUCUUCGGAGGAGAAUCGAGCUCGAGCUUCAGCUCACAGUAAACAGCUGGAGCGAGAGAAUCAAGCUUUGAUAUCCAAGAUCUCCUCUCUGCAGGACGAGAACAUGAAGGUGUCUGUGAAGGUGGAUGAGCUUCAGAGGAAGAUUAAGGGACUUUAUGAGCUCAACGCUGACCUGCAGGCUCAGACUCAUUCGUUCGAUGCUGCCGUGUCUGAGAAGGACACUUUAAUCCAGGAGAAAACGAGGCAGAUCGAGGAGCUGAAGGCUGCAGUUAUGGAGUACUCAUCAGUGACUGAAUUGCUGAGAGCAGAGAAGAACAAGCUGGAGAGUCAGAUGCAGCUGCUGCAGCCAGAUAUGGCCAUUCCUGGAUUGUCCCUCUCGGUGGCGUACAGACUGAAUCAGAUGAGUUCAGGUUCUCUGGAGACAGAGCUGGCCCUGGCGCAACAGAAUCCACUCGAGGGGGCGGAGCCUUUCUCCUCCAUGUGCUUGGCCUCACCUCUGGACGAGACUCUGGACCGUGAGGUUCUCCUACUUCUGCAGGGUCCGACACCUGAGCAGAUGUCUGUGGAAUUUAAACUCCUGAUCAACAAGCUGAGGCAAGAGUUUGAAAAGGACACACUGGAGGUUCUCGCAGCUCUUCCAGACUUUAUGAAGAAUCAGGACAGAAGCUCUGACCCCGAGCUCCAGAGUCUGCGAGUUCAGCUGGAGAGGCGGCGUAGCGACUGGACUCACGGCCUCGAGCAGCUGAAGCAGUACACGGAAUCGCUGGAGAAGGAUCUGCUGAAGAUGGCGAGCAACAUGCGUCGGUCACGCACCGAGAUCCUGCACCUGUCCGUCAGGCUGCAGGAACAGGAGCAUCACAAACUGCUGUUACGUGAGGAACUGGACCAGCUAAAGACUGGACAGGACUGCAGAGACGCCAGCACUCAGACUGAGCCGCCGCAGGUUGAUGAUGAGAACUCAUCUCCAGAGUGGGACAGGGUGUAUCCUCUUCUCGAUUCUCCUUCUGAAGAGGAAAGCACCGAUUUCGAGAUGCACAUUCAGGAAGAUGAGAAACAGCAUCCUCCUUCUCUUCCUCCUCCUCCUCCGACUGCUGCUGAUGAAGAUGAAGUUAAUGAUGGGAUGGAGGAGUUACAGGAAGAUCUGAGUCAGCUCCAGGUGUUACAGGAGACACGCUGUGGAGAAGAUGGGAAACAAGAAUUGAUCCCGGGAAAGUCCCAGGAUGGUCCACCAGCGGUUAUACUGGCGGGUCCACCAGAGGGCGUCACGGACACAGGAACAAGUGAUGUUCUGCUUGAUGAGAAUGGACUUGAGGCUCAUGCUGAACCUCAACAGGAGGAAGCCAGAUUCCCAGCAUGCAGCGGGCCCGAUGACACCCACGAGCAGGCUGUGUGCUGCAAUGCUUCUCUUUCACACCCCCACCAUCAGUGUGCUGUUGCAGGUGAAGCGUCUCCUCUCCGCUCUGAUCUCCCUCCCCCCCACACCGGUGAUGUGAGAUCUCCUCCAGAUGAUGCACCUGCCCUGGGAAGGGGUCCUGAGGAAGAACCAGGACCUGAAGGAGAACAGGACGUCUCAAACGGCAUGAUCAGAGAGCAGAAACUGACACAGGAUCAGAUUUCUUACGUGCCGUCUGUACUGGAAAGGAGUGGUCUGUUGCCUGUAGCUGAGGUAGAGGAACCGAUGUCUGAGGCGAGUCAGCAGGGGGCCACAGCAGUUAAUUCCAAGGCAGCUAGUGGGGCAACAGGUACGAGUGCAGUGAAGGAUAACGGGGCAUCUGUCCCUCUGACCAUUAGGAACAGAAUUAAAAAAGACCUGGAGACACCCAGCAGCAGUAUGGAGACCAUUGGAGAGCAGAGGUCUCAGGAAGACAGUGACACUCCAGAUAGAAACGGUGUUCUUACUGAAGAUGGUGAGACAUUGAGGGAAGACGGAUUGACUCAGAGUGAAAAAGACAUCGAGGCCGAGUUUCUCCGUCUGUCUCUGAGUCACCGCUGUGACAUGUUCACUCUGGAGAAGAGACUUCAUCUGGAGGAGCGCUCGCGGAACCUGGCCGAAGAGAACGUCCGCAAAGAAGUGUCCAGCUGUCAGGGUCUGCUCCAGGCACUGAUCCCUCUGUGUGGAGAUGAUAACCCCUCACUGGAGAUCAUUCAGAGACUGCAGAAGAACCUGGACAUCCUGCUGCAGUCCGUGACCCGAGUGGCCAGUCGCUCUGAAAUGCUGGGCUCCAUUCACCAGGAGAAUCGGAUGGGGAAAGCGAUAGAGGUGAUGAUUCAACAUGUGGAGAACUUGAGGCGGACGUAUACAAAAGAACAUGGGGAGCUGCUGGAGCUCCGAGAGAACCACUUGCAGAAAGAAAGGACCUUUGUCUCACACACCGACCGGGAUGAGCUCAGGAAGAAAAAGGUCAGCGCUGAAUUUUACAAGGUGGCAGCCCGACGCGUCAGUAUAGCCGCCAUACCGCGCAGCGCCGGAGCGUCAUCUCCCACUGACAUGGCUAAAGAUGUCAUGGACGCAGGGAUGGAGAAGCUGGGUCAUCGGUCACCCAGGAACGUGCUCGGAAAGGGCACACAGCGGCUGCCUCUAAAGCGUUUUAUUAGUUGCGCUGAGACAGAAGUUCACGCUCUUAGGAAUAGCGAUUCGAGUCCCAUUCCGACCAGCAAUCCAAGUCCUACAACUGAAAUGGCCUCACCUUUUGCAGUGAAAUCGGCUCCUCCUGAGCUCCCUGAGGCUCCCAAAGGCGUCUGCACCUGGGCGGCAUUGAUGGUGGUGCUGGCCGCGUUCGUAGCGGUGUUGGGCAAGAUGCUGAUACAACCGGCUGCUGAUGCAGCUCCUGUAGGCACCGGUGACUCCUGGAUGGCCAUCCAGCAGAUUCUUUGGCCCUACACAGGGCUCCGGCACAACGGUCAGCCUCCUGUUUAACAUGAUCAGACUCCUAGUGGGUGGGAGGCUAAUAGCAUCCAAGAAAUCAUGACGCAUUUUUUUCAAACGGCAAAUCAACUGCAUGGAGGAAAAGUAUGACCAAGUACACUUUUUUUCCCCCCCCCACAGUUAGCAAUUAUAUAAUGAGAAUGUUUUAAGUGAGACUGAAACUUCCUGAGCUGAUUCUCUGGACAUGGACUGAAACGGCUACCUUUUUAAAAAUAUUAUGAUGAUAUCGAUGUUGAACAUUAUGAUGAUAUCCAUGUUUUUACUGACUGUUGAAGGAGUAAUGAACAUUAGUUCCAAAAAACCAAAAAAAAAAACAAAAAAAAAGACUUUGAAAUGAUUACUUAUUAUUUUAAAGUUUAGUUCUUUCGUGAGAGUUUAAAUGGGGUUUCAAUAAUGUACGAGCAAAUUUUAUUCUUCUUCAGCUUCAAAUUUUCAAACUUUUUUAUUACUAUUAUAAGGUUUUUGGUUUAAUGUGCACUGUCAUGGAUUUAAGGAUGGGGAGGAAAAACUAAUUUUUACACAAUAAAGUUAAUAAUAUAAGAUAAUACAUUCCACUUGCUCUGGAUAUCAGACAUGUGGAUUUUAAUGUGUGUUUAUUUUUUUAAAUGUUUUUCCCCCUCAUCUACACUUUCUCUGUACUUUUUUGUUCUUGGUAUAAAAUCAGUGAAUUAGAAUUUUUCUGAAAGCAAAACUGGGUCCAGGUUCUCCAGUCUGAUAUGGAUUCAGGUUUUAACCUUGUUGGUGAGGGAUUGAUUGAAUUAAAAGAUCCCAUUUACUAACCUUUUCCUCAGUUCACUAUUUUGCCUACAUUCCUAAUUUUUAGAGGGAUUGUAUACGUUUUUAUGCCAUUUCUGGAUUUAAAUUUCAAGGUUGUACAACGUAUAAAAAGUUUACACACCUGUCUUAAAAUGGCAGGUUUCACACACACAUCGUGAACUUUCAGCAUACAGUACAACAAUUAAGUGGAAACCAAUCGAACACUUUUUAUGAGUCUAAAAAUAAAAAUAUUGCACAGUG